UACUCUCUCUCUCAGUAGUGGUGUGGACUCUCGCCUUGAAGGACUCCCCCAAAAGAUCUCUUCUCUGCUGCCCGUAGUAAGGAGCGCCUCUGUCGGUGGCCUUACGAACUAGAGAGAGUCUUCCUCGCUUCUUAUUAAAAAAAAGAUACGAAACUCCGAAAUUACACUUUCCUUUUGUUAUUUCGUGCCGUUAGUGAAAAAAGGAGGCCGUGUCUUUGAUAAGAUGGAGGAGAUUGGCAGCCAGUGCGCGAGGUUGAGAGUGGACCCCUCAGUGAUGACGUCACGCAUCCUUCUACUCCUAUUAAUGGCGAUGGCGGCGCCCCUAGUCUACGGUGCCCCAAUGCCCAUGCCCUCAGAGUCUGAUUCUCCUUCGACGGACAGCAGAAACUCCUUGGGGAUGCUCGUCAUCACGCCUAGGGCGCCCGGACUAGCAAGGGCUAUCUUUCUUACAGAUGACUCGGACAGCGACGACGCCUUCACGCUUCUCUUCUCCAGGGGCAUCAUGGCCGAGAUGGCUCCGUCGGUGGAAAACAGAGGCCUCCUUUUUUCCCCAGACCCGAACAUCAUCGUCGUCAGAGGCUGCAGGGGAAAUUACCAGGAGGAUCCUUCGGGAGCCUGCAGGCAGAUCUUCGCCUUCCCAUCCUACCCUCCCAGGACGCCCAGGCCCAGCAGGAUCCCUUCAGCCUCGAGGUUUCCUCGCCCUCGAGUAGUUCCUCAGACACAGAGAGAUUUGGUCAAGCGGUUCAACACCUCGAGGCGUCAGAACACCUGGUUGGGACGUAGCCUGAGCAGCGGCAGCGACGAGAGAGAUUCCUCUUCUUCAUCGCCUUCUUCUCGCUCCUCUUCUUCUUCUUCUUCGGAGCCUUACGAGGACAACGCCCCGACGGGGCUUCCUUUCAUACACUCGACCACGCCAGCCACGACCACCACGACUCUCAGUACCACUACGCCGGAUUGCGACGACUGAGUUCGUUGCUUUGUUUCCGCAAAAAAUUACGAUUAAUUCUCAUGAUUUUAAAGUAUUAUAUAUAUUUUUUGAAUUUCAAGGUCCGCAGUACGUUUAUUUUGUCAUAUAGCUUCAUUUAAAAUGUGUCCUAGCAAGUUACUCGGGUUAGAGCAUGCAUCUGGUGAUAUAGAACACGUUCAGCCCUAGUUAAGAAAUAGGCCACGCCUCCUGGGUGGUACAGUUGCCAUAUACCUCCUGGUGGAAGUUUACUGUCCAUGCCUAAACCCUGGUAUUAAAAAAAUAAGUUUUUAAUAGGUUUACCCUGUAAGAAGAAAGCUCUAGUACUGUGAUGGAAUAAAGAUAUCCUGGUCUAAUAAUCGUAAUAUAAAUUAAAAUGCAGAAUCACACAGGCGCUGUGUUUGUUGCUAUAUAAAAGACUCAUAUGAAAGACCUGAUUGAAAUAUGAUUGUGAAUUAGUAAUACAUGUUACCUGAUGCAGCAUUAUUCGUUGUAUCGGAGAACUAAACCAUGGUCGAAUAUAUUUCAUAAACUUUUGGAAAGCAUGAAAACCAGGAACAAUUGGCCUGCUCUUAGGUUAUUACCCAUGAGACUGUAAAUUUAGAUCCAAUACAUAGAUACGUUUUUGUAUUUGUGUGCGUUUAUUUGUGUAAAUAAAUUUGGUAGAUAGCAGAGUGUGUACAUAAUUAUAGGUAGACAGAUAGUUAGAUGCAUAUGUAGCUGUAGAUUGAUAGACACGCAGGUGUACGGAUGUAGUUAGUACUGGGUACAAAUCUAAGUGCUUCCAUUGUACAAAUGAGAAGUUUGAUAUUCUUGAACACUGCGGAUAAGUGUAAGGCUUUAAGAACCUUUCGGCAGUUUGGGAAUAUUUUAUUGAUGUUUUUUCCUUAAUCCAUCAUGGCAAAAUGACCGUCUGUGGACUUGUUGAAAACAUCUUCCACUUGCCAAGUACCUCUCUGUGCAAACGUGUUAUCAAAGUGCAAGAUGUUUAGAACACUUUCGACGAGGAAAGUUAAACAUUAACUUCUAAUGUUUAAAAUCUCUCUCUGAGUGGGCGACUGGCUCCUUUCUAUCCCGGUUGACUCAUUCUUCUUCAGGGUACGAAACAUCCUCUUCCAGUGUUCCAGACAUUUUGUUCCUGACUGAGACGAGAAAUUAUUUUUUGUAAUAAAAGUUACCAAUAGAUUUAGCGUCGUGUUGAGAGCGUGUGUGUGUGUGUGUGUGUGUGUGGUGUGAGCCUGCGUGCGCACACGUGCGUUGUGUGUGUUUUGUAGCGUGUUGAAAAGGAGUUUUUUUAGAUUUUUUUAAAGAAGAGUAAAAUUAUUUAAAGAUCUUUGUAUGAAAGGACACAUUCCAAGCAAACUUUUGCAGAAGUCUAAUCUUACCGACCCUGUUCAAAAAUCAAGUUGAUUAGUCUGUCGUAAAUUGCUGUGUACAAUGUGUUAUAGUGUACAGUCACUAUAUUUUCACGAUUUCCUUAAAAAAAAAAAGACAUACAGUCCCCAUACUAUAACGACAUAUCACCACCUUAUUCAGAACAGACAAAUUUCAGGACUUUUUUUUUUUUUUUUUUUUUUUGCUGAACCAGAACAGAUGUAACUUUACCACACUUUUUAUUGAAUUAAUACGUUUUGACCCUUAUCUCGACUUUAGCCUCUUGUGCAAUUUAGGGGAAUUCAGGAACCAACCCCCCCCGCCCCUAUUCCCCUCCUCCUCUCCAUGAAAAUGAGGUUUUUCUCUUAUUUUCUUGACUUUUUUUUCCUUGUCAUUCGGCAUUAUUAGAACCAUAGGGACCUCUUACUUUUAAAAGUGGCCCUGUCGCCUCUUCCACGCGUUUGACGACUUCAGAUAUCAAUAUUACUAUAAAGAAAGGAAUAUUUAUGUACACGAAAUCCUUCUUGAAGUGAAGGAAGGUCUGCCAACUCUCUUUCCUUCGUUGCAAUCCUACAUAUUUCCUACAUCUGUUCUUCUCUUGGAUCUUCGAGACAGAUUCCAACGCUGAUUAAGAAUCGAAGAAGUAUUAUCUCUCUCAAAGCGACGAAAGUAUUGUUUCUUAGUAAAAUGUGGACCGUGUUUUUUUUAUUAUUUACCAAGGCCAAAGAUUGCUCUUUUAAAAUAAACAAUAAAAACGUAAUUUCGCAAGUUAAGUGUUGGCUUGAGUUAACAUGAAAUCAUUAUCAUUCUAGUUUAAUAGAUAUGAUUAGAUGUGCUAAGUAACUUAGAUUUGCUGCUGUGAAUGUAGCUAUGAAACAAUUUUGGAUAGAUUACAUACCACACAUAUGUAAUCAUUACGUACUUGGGCAGAAAGAGAGAGUGAGAGAGCGGAAAAGAGAGAGCACUAGGGAAAGAGAGGACAAUUUUAGACCUAAAUGAAAACCUAACACUUACUUUUGACGCGUCAAACGGUCAGACCACACAUUGAAAAGACUUUUCGAAGGCUCCGAAGACCUCGACUUCCCCCGUUCGCUGAAGACCGAAAGAAGAUGAUGGGAGGGACGUGGUAUGUUAUUUGUGAUAUUCACUCCACCUGUUCUUGUCAUUUGAUGUUACCAUUUGCCGACGUGCAAUAAAAAUGUGAUUUGUAUACAAGU